UUGAAACAAAAGGCUGGUUAAGAGAAAUUUUGAAAGAAAUGUAAAAAGCAAGAAGUUGGUCUCGUAUCGGCGGUUAAACAAGAAAACAAAACUACAGAAGCCAACAUCGUAGUCUCCGAGUUCUAGCCAUGUUAAUUUCCCCAAAGUUUGCCUGCCACAGACGGCGUGUCUACACCUCAAUCAACUUCACCCAUUUGUUUAAGACCCACCCGUCUUUCCAGCACCUCUCCACCAUUAAAUCCAAAUCAGAACUCCUCAAUUCCUACACAGUCACACCACCUGUCAAACCAUGGCCUAGAUUCCUCACACAUAAAACACUCAUCUCAUUAGUCAAAUCCCAACAUGAUGUUAACCUUUCACUCCAAAUCUUUCACCAUGCUGCCAAUUUCCACCCUGGUUUUUUCCAUAAUUACGAAACCUACCUCUCCAUUAUCAACAAGCUUUGUCGUGCACGGGAAUUUGAUAAAGUAGAGACCCUUUUAGCUGAAUUAAGGAAUUCCAGUAUUAAAUGUGGGGAGGUUUUGUUUGUUAAUGUGAUAAGGAAUUAUGGGAUUGCUAGUAAGCCUAAAUUGGCACUUAAGACUUUUUUGAGAAUCGAAAAGUUUGGUGUUCACAGGUCAGUUAGGUCAUUUAAUGCUUUGUUGAAUGCUUUUGUACAGAAUAAAGAGUAUGAUUUGGUUUAUGCUUUGUUUAAGAAUUGUCAGAAGAAGUUGAAUAUAAUGCCUAGUGUGUUUACUUGUAAUAUCUUGUUGAAUGCUUUGUGUAAGAAAGGCGAUAUUGGUAGUGCGAUUAAAGUUCUUGAUGAGAUGCCUGUGAUGGGAAUAGUUCCUAAUGUGGUUAGCUAUACAACCAUUUUGGGUUGUUAUGUGACACUCGGUGAUUUAGUGGGUGCGAAGAGGAUGUUUGAUGAAAUUGUUGAUAGAGGGUGGUUGCCUGAUGCGACGACGUAUACUAUCUUGAUGCAUGGAUUUGUUAAGCAAGGGAAGUUUAUGGAUGCGGUUAAGUUAAUGGAUGAGAUGGAGGAUAAUGGGGUUGGGCCAAAUGAGGUGACGUAUGGAAUUAUGAUUGAGGCGUUUUGUAAGGAAAAGAAGUCCGGUGAAGCAGUUAAUUUACUUAAUGAUAUGCUAGAUAAGAGGUAUGUACCAAGCCCAGCACUUUGCUCUAAGGUGAUUGAUGUCUUGUGUGAAGAGGGAAAGGUUGAGGAGGCGUGUUAUUUGUGGAAGAAAUUAUUGGUUAAGAAUUGUACUCCAGAUAAUGCAAUAUCAAGCACACUUAUUCACUGGCUCUGUAAGAAGGGACAGAUUCGGGAAGCAAGGAAAUUAUUUGACGAGUUUGAGAAGAGUUCGAGUCCUAGUGUUUUGACAUAUAACAUGCUUAUUGCAGGGAUGUGUGAGAGGGGAGAGUUGCAUGAAGCUGGGAGGUUAUGGGAUGACAUGGUAGACAAGGGUUGCAUUCCCAAUGCUUUUACUUACAACAUGUUGAUCAAAGGUUUUUGCAAAGUUGGAAAUGCCAAGGAAGGAAUUAGAGUUCUAGAAGAGAUGCUUGAUAAAGGGUGUCUCCCUAACAAAUCUACUUAUUCCAUCUUAAUUAAGGGGCUUCUUGACUCCGAAUGCAAAGCAGAAGUUUUCAGGGUGCUUGCACUGGCUGCGUCUGGUGAUGUCGAUCCUGAAACUUGGGGAGUCCUUGUGGCCAAGUUUGUUACUGAUAUUCCUAAUGUAUGUUCUGUUUUGGGUAAGAUAUUGUCAGAGAAUGAAGUGUAAAUGUUUGUACUGACACUAUUCAUACCCAACAUCUGAUUCUAAAGUGGGAGUAAGUAUGGUUCACCAAAAGUAUUAUCCAUUACUGAGAGUAUUGGUGAUGGUCUCAGUGCUUGAUUCAAGAAGGUAUAUGCUCCCCUAUGCAACCGUUUUUGAAGUGUAGAAGAAAUUUGAUAUUCUUUGGACGACAAAGUUGGAGCCAUUUGUGGAAGAAGACUGGAAAAUGAGCAAGUGAAGUAUGGGAUAUGCUGUUUGAUGACAACAUAAAAAGCGUCAAAGAAGUAAAAGGGAAUUUUUUUCUUUACUAUUUAUACAGCUCUAAUACUGUAUUACUCUGAAAUAGAUUAGGUUAAUCAAUAUUGUUGUAAAUUAUGUCAUUUGUCUUAGGAUGAACCAAUCCAUGUUCAGUGUAAAGGAAGGGCACACUUGGAGAAUAAAUCCCCUAGCUCUUCACAUAAAUGUUCACACUGCAUUAUGAUGAAAUGUCCUCUUCCUUUCUUCACAUAUAAGUACAAAGAAAACUAUGACCAUGACAUUGUGUUGUUAGCUAUUUCUUGAAUUACCCAUUAAUGAGAAUAUUGGCUUUGUCCAUUUGUUUUCCUUUGAUUUAUGAAAUAAAUCAGUGCUCUCUACCUGGCCUAAUUGGUAAUUUGCAGAGAAAAAAAAUGCUUCACGUGUAGGCAAGCAUCCUAACUGGCUAAGAUGCCUUUCAUCUGGUUCAUAGAAGUUGGUAGCACUUUUGCCAUUUCCUAAGCUUGUUUCUUACUGCUUCUGGCUUUUCCGUCUUGCUUGCAAAGACUACUUCUCAAGGCAUCUUAUAUAUUUAGUACAUGACAUCUAACAUCAUCCUUGUCCAACUUGAUCAUAUUUCCAUUUGUGAGAGUAGGAUAACUCCAUACCUAGUAGGAUUCCUUGCACGUACCUAAAAAUAUAGCUUCCUAAUAUUUGUGGAAAAACUUGGCUUUUCUUCACCUCUAUGGUGGUCAAAUGCAAUUCAUAUGUAUAUUAUGAAGAUUUGAACCCUAGAGAUUAGUUGUUUAAAAUUUUAGCGAAAUCCUUUAUCUUAGUUAUUCUUUACAUCUUAUUACUGUUUCUUAGUGAUCGGAAGACGGAGCUUUGAAAAAGUCAGGAAUUUGUUCAGAAAAAUUCUUGCUGAUUUACUUUAUCCUUAAUACAUAUAGAGAACCCCAUUGAAUUUGGUCCUAGAUGCAAUGGCUGCUAAACUUGGGUAUGAGAAUUAAUAAAACGAGUGGUAGUUGUAUGACAAUGGACAAAUGGUAAUGGUUGCAGAAAAUUAACUGAUGACUCACUGAAUUGACCAGACAAAAUCUUAUAAGACAGCUGGUGUUAUUGUUCUUACAUCAGACUGAAAGCAAUUUCGUGGGAGCUAACUGCACUAUCUAUUCUUCUUCAUUUUAAGAGGGCUAGCUAUUCUGCAACCAUAUUGAACUGAAGUGUCUGCUGAACCAAGAGUGAAGUAGUUGGUGUUCUUUUUCUAAGAAACAUAGCCUGGUACUUUGGCAUCGUGGUGCACCUUUUCCACCAUCUUCAAGAGCACAAAGUUGGAGAUCAUACACAGUUAAAGUCUCAAGAGAGUACCAUUUCCAGGUAUAUGAUAUUGAGAACUCUCAAGAAUCUAUAUGAUAUUGAGAACUCUCAAGAAUCUAUCUCAUGAUAGUCCUUUCACUUGUUGUGUAUCUCAUACAGCAAGAAGUUAAAAUGGAAGCAAGCAUUGUUCUCAAAAGAAUCACCUGUUAAUGAGAUUAUUGUUGAUGGUCUCGGUGCUUGGUUCAAGAAGGUACAUGUAAAUCCCUCAUGCAAACAUUUUUGAAGUUCAGAAGAACCUUGAUAUUCUUUGGACGACAUAAAAGUGAACAUGUGAAGCAUGGGAUUUGCUGUUUGAUGACAACAUAAAAAGAGUCAAGGAAGAACCAAGAGUGAAGUAGUUGGUGUUCUUUUUCUAAGAAACAUAGUCUGGCACCUUGGCAUUCUGGUGCACCUUUUCCACGAUCUUCAAGAACACAAAGUUGGAGAUCAUACACAGUUAAAGUCUUAAGAGGAUCAUUUCCAGACAUGUGAUAUUGAGAACUCUCAAGAAUCUAUCUCAUGUUAGUCCUUUCAGUUGUUGUACUAUCUCCUACAGCAUAACAGCAGCUGAUUUCAAAGAGCCUGUGUGGAUUUACAGUAAUAAAGGUGUUUUGAUUGCUUGUGGCUUAAUGCAAUUGUUAUUUUAUGGAA